AUGAUGGCCUCGGACGAUGGAAUUGGUCCCCGCAAGAAGCGCAAGACCAGCCUGCCAGGGACUGUGCCUUAUCUGCUACAUUCGCUGUUUACAGAUGUGCCCAUAGCGACCGAGCAUAGCUCCGAUGUCCACAUCACCUCCGUGGAAUACUGGAAUGAGAACCUGUACAUUGGCACAUCUGCAUCCGAGAUUUUGCACUUUGUAUGCCUUCCGCCAGCUUCCCCAGACGAAUCCGCCGAACCCACUUUCAUACUAGCAUCCCGGUUGCCCAUCCCGUUCGCCCAGAGGCCCCCGGCAGCCAGCGAGCAAGGAGUUCGCCAAAUAGUUGUCUUAUCCUCGGUGAACAAAGCAUGUGUCCUUUGCAAUGGCACGGUUACGUUCUACAUGCUACCGGAGCUCAGCCCAGCUUUUGGCAACACGAAGGUCAAUCACUGCCGCUGGAUUGGUGGAUUGGAUCUUAAUCGAGAUGCAGAGGAACAAGAAGACCCUACGAUCAUGAUCGCUGUGCAAAACAGGAUCAUGCUAGUGAAGAUCGGGGAUGAGGCGCGACGAAUCAAGAAGAUCGAAUUCCCCGGCUGCUUGACCGCAGCGCGACGAGGAACGAUUGCUUGUGCAGCAGAUACUCAUUCAUAUUCAUUGCUCGAAGUCGCGCAUCAGCAAAAAAUUCCCCUAUUUCCCAUCUCUUCUUCGAGCGAGGUCUUCGAGUCCGGGCAUGUGGAGGACAUGAAUCCAGCACCACCAACACCACUCAAACGCUCACCCUCUGCAUCUUAUCCUAACUCGCCACCAAGUGAUACUCCGGGACAUGUUAGAAGCACAAGCUUGAACCAGCUCGCGGGUAUGUUAUCCCCACAGGCACAGGCUGCCCAGCUGGAUAGAUCGCCCUCGGGAACACCAGAUCCCUUCACCUCCACCGGAGAACCUAGAAGAUCCAGCUCGACAGAGCGUGAUGCCGAUGAUUCCCCCGACUCUGCCGAUAAUAAAGAACCGGAAAACCAAUCUCCCUCUAAUGACAGCGCAAAACCACUGCCGCCCCUGCCACCACCGACGAAGCAAGGCCCCACGCGUCUUCAGCCCCAUGUGGUUUCUCCGACUCCGUCAGAGUUCUUGCUUGUAACUGGAACCGAGCAAAACGAACCGGGCGUUGGAAUGUUUGUUGACAUGGACGGCGAGGUUGUCCGUGGUACCAUUAACUUUCACCGAUUCCCGAAACAGGUUGUCGUCGAUUCAAACCAAGAUGACCAGAUUUUCCAAACAAGUGGUGAUACUAAAGAAGAGUUCGUUCUUGCCAUCAUCGAAGAUGAAGAGGACGGUAAACUUCGAACACGCCUAGAGAUACAGCGUUGGUACGACGACCCAGCGGAGAUUGAGCGAAAUAAGAAGUGGCUGGAAAUACCUUCUCCGGGAGACGCAGAAUCUACUCAAGCGGGCCUCCGGCAUACUCUCAGUGCUAGCCAUCUCGAGCUCAAGUCCAUCGGGCAGCUUUUGCGAAUGAUUCGCCUGAAGACCCCUUUGCUUCCUCCGCAUGUCACAGUGGCGGACGCACGGACUCAGGCAUCUAUUGAGCAUCUACAAAAGGAGAAUGAGCUUUUCGAUUCAUCAGACAUGUCUGGUUCUAAGAAGAGCGAUGGCCAAACCCAGGAGGCUCAACGUGAUGCAGAAGAAGCAAAGUUUGCACAUGGUCUAGGCAAGGUCCAAAGUGGACUUGUUAUGUGGUCUGGCUCUCAAAUCUGGCGAGUCCUACAGAAUCCUCUGAUCAUUCAACUCGAAGAUACUUUGCAGGAAGCCCAAGAAACAGCAGAUGGCAGUGAGCACACAGUGUUACAAAGGGAUGCUGUGAUGGACCUGCUGCUGUCAAUACAAGACACCGAACCAAAGACCGAAUCUGAGUUUAUCGGGCUCAGUUAUGUCAAACAAAAGGCAGGUCUUAUGCUGUUCGGCGACCUUCUCUCCAUGCAGCCUAAUGAGAUCAGUGACAUAGCAAUCGAUGAGACCGAGAAAGCACUGAUUGCAGGCAAUCUUGAUCCCCGUUUGGCUUUACUGUUCAUUCCCCUCCUACGAUGCGAAGUUCUUCAAGGACCGCAGGGUGUGUGGAUACAUGCCGGAUUGAGUACAAUGACGGAACAUUAUCUACAACAAGUUGGCAAAAUAGGCGUUGAGUCCUCGGGACUAGGUGUCUCCCGAAGCCCAAUCCUCAACAUGGUGAAGCGAUUCCUCCUCUCCUGGCAGCAAAAACGGGGAUAUGGUAGCAUUACCGAUGAGGCAUACGUUCUGGACAGUACCGAUGCCGCAUUGUUGCAUCUUACCCUGGAACAAGAUGCCUACCUGACGCCAGACCAGCGUGCAGCGUCCCCGACUCGCUCAGAGUUGAACAAGCUAGUCGACAACUGGAAGGGCAACUUUGACCGGGCUGUGAUGCUUCUUGAAACUUACAAAAGGCUGUACGUUCUAUCUCGCCUGUACCAAAGCCAAAAGAUGUCACGAAAUGUUCUCAAAACCUGGCGGAGAAUCAUAGAUGGAGAGACUGAUGCUGGCGGGGAAGUCUCAGCGAAUGGUGUGGAGACGCAAAUGCGCAGGUAUUUGGUCAAAAUCAAGGAUGUGCAGCUGGUUGAAGAUUACGGCACCUGGCUUGCUGGGCGAAACCCCGAGCUGGGAAUACAGGUCUUCGCGGAUAAUGCAAGCCGAGUGAGACUCGAACCGGCGGAUGUCGUUGCUAUGCUCAAAGAUCGAGCUCCGAAUGCUGUUCAGGUCUACUUGGAGCACCUUGUGUUUGUCAAGAAUUACACCCAAUAUGGCGAUGGCCUGAUCUCAUACUACCUGGACACCGUCCUUUCUGUGUUAGAGUCUUCACCUGAAGCACGCGCUUCCCUGGCUGAAUCCUAUUCAGCUUAUCGUGCCCUACAGGAUCCCAAACCUACCUACCUCAACUUCAUCACCGAGAACCGCCCAACCGAACCCUGGUGGCAAUCCCGACUCCGUCUCCUCCAGUUACUAGGCGGAGUCUCUAGUUCCCAAUUCUCCUCCACUCCGCCCCUCGCGGGAAUCAGCUACUCGAUUCCAAAUGUUCUCGCUCGCAUUGAGCCCUUCCAAGACGAGCUCGUGUCCGAGUGCAUCAUCCUGGACGGUUUACAAGGCCAUCACGGUCCCGCCCUUCGCCUCCUAACACACGGUCUCGGUGACUACGACUCCGCUAUCCGCUACUGUCUCUUCGGUGGUCCUAGAGGCCCUUCAGUCGGCACACCAGAACUCGCAGACUUCGAUCUGCAAUGCAUUCUUUUCCGCCACCUUUUCAUCGAAUUCCUGCACAUCGAAGACCUAUCCGGUCGUAUUGAGCGCACAGGCGAUCUCCUCGCCCGCUUUGCAGCCUGGUUCGACGUCCGAGAGGUCCUCGACCUCAUACCGCAGGAUUGGAGCGUCGAUCUCCUCAAUGAUUUCUUCACUCAUAUCUUCCGCGAUCUUGCCUCACAGAGCCGCGAGAGUCGUAUUGAACGCGCCCUUGCUGCGAGUCUGAAUCUCCGCAUUGGGGCCGAUUUCAUUGAUGGUAUGGAGAAGGCAGGGCCCUGGGUUGAGGAAGCUGAAGGCAUGCGCAGGUUGAGGGAUGCGCUGCCGAGGCCUGAUGAUGAGUAUGAUGACUUUGGUGAGACGGUGGGGCCCUUACUAGAUAAUUCCAGCGCUCCUGCCUUGUAA